GGUCGAAUCGUCGCGUCCAACACCAUAUAUACACGUCCUCCCACCGCGAGAUGGUCGCGUUUUCCGAUCAAUUCUUCGGCUGCUUUGCGUUAAGAGUUGGGAAUCCGGUGGCCGGCUCGUUGGCAUCUAGGGGAACAAUGUUUGACUCACACUUGCAGCUCACGUGUAGUAGCGUUGGGCCCCGCUUUGCGACCAUGCACCACGCUGUGGUAAAUACGGCUGGCUAUGAGUCCGUGGCUGUUCCUGUUGGAUUCUGGUUUCCUGAGGUUCGCUUUUCUCUCUCGAAUGCUGCAUGUUUGAACCGACUUUUACAAUUUACUUGAGAUUUACUACGAGAUUGAUUCCUUGAACAAGACACGCCUGCUGUACCACACAACACCAUUGCAUGCGACCAACGCGACUAUCACGACAUGUACUCACAGCGAUCUUCGCCACCGCCACUGAAGCGCUCACAUUCAUCUGAGAGCCAAAACAGUUAUGCCAGCGCUGCGACAACCGUGUCGCGCGCAAGCUCCAAGCUACUGUUUGGAGAGAUCCCACUGACGCCUGCGACAACCGUAGAUGGACGCUCAAUUCGUUCCAACGGAUCCAUCUGCAACUUGGUCCUUUCAACAAGCUCCGUCUUCUUGCGCUUUUGGCUGAACGAUACUUGCCGCGACAAUGUACUGGACCACAUGGAGCCCGAGGACCUCUCCAACUUUCGCCUUGUAUGCCAUGACUUCUCCUCCAAAGCUGCCCCACGACUCUUCGAGAAGAUGACUGUGACAUUCAAGACCUCUACCUUCUCGAAACCUGCGCGUCUCGAAGCGCUAUCAAGGAUAGGCCGUCACGUCAAGACUUUCACCUUCCACAUGCCACAUGGUCCAGACACCUGCCUGCCGCCCAUCAUUGAUCCUUGCACUGGCACAGAGAAACAAUUCAUCUACGAGCCGCAAGUUCAGAUACCGCAACAUGGUCCGGCCAAGGACAAGGCACCCAAGUAUGGAAGCUGGGAGAUGCAAGAUCUACUCAUCAAGCAGUAUCCACCGCUUUUCCAUGCCGCAACAAAUGUUCCUGCAUUUUGCGCUGCCUUCUCUGAACUGAUCAACCUCACACAUCUCAAGGUCUCGUGUCCAGGAUCUACCGGCUCACUUCGACACCGACGGGGUGUAGUCGACUAUGCGCUCAUCUCUCUUCGCAUCGCCGUCGAGCGCGCUCCACUGUACAGUCUCUCUGCCCUUUCCCUUCAUCCAAUCCACCCUGGCGGCCUCUUGUACCUUCACCCCAUGCACGGCUUCGGCAGCACACCCUCCUCGGCCAAGCGCUGGUCUCAAAUACGUCGCCUCUCAAUCUGCAUGGAAAGUAUACCCUUCACCUCAAGCUCCUCACGUACACGCGCCCAAUCCGUAGAACACCUACGCAUCUUACAUGCCUACCUCUCAACCCUCUCCCGUGGUCUAACCCGGCUCUUCUUCCGCUGGAAAGGCGAGCGCGGACCCUCUCCCUUAUCCCUAGACCGGGAACCCUGCAUGCUUCCUAGCCAAGAAGAAAGCACUCACCCCUCUCUCCGCGGCCAAACCCAUGGUCCCCGUCCUCUCAAGUUCCCCCGCCUCCGUGUUAUGGAACUGGAAAACGGGCUCAUGGACUCGGCACAAAUCAGUGACUUCAUCACAAAGCACAAGCGCAGCCUGCGCGAAUUCAACUUUGAAGAUGUCAAAUUACGCGAAGGGGAUUGGGAUCUCGCUCUCGAACCUCUGACCACCAUCACCGGUAGCGAAAGCUGGAAACAGUAUCAAGAAGAGGUCAUGGAUGUUCCCAUCAUGCUGUCGCCUGUUGAUGCUGAACCUAGGGUCAUGGGCCCAUUACUCGAGGAAGUUGAACAGGCGAUUGAGGAAGUGAGCGGCAAGGAGAGGAGGGAGCAUGCGCUGAGCAGGUGGUUGGGAAGACCAAGACAGUCGAAGAAAGAUAGCUUUUGGGGUGGGGGAAAGCGCUUUUUGCAUCUUUCGUCAUGGAAGGGGAGUUCACCUGUCAUGGUGAGGUAAGCUUCACGUUGCUAUUCAAGUUUUUACGGGUGUACGAUACCUUUGGUUUGGGUACUUGGGAGUUUUGCUGUGGGACGUCACGGUUGAUACCCAUCGGGAAUGGUUUCUUGCGUUCACUCUCUUUGCCUCUUUUCUUGGCAUUGUCCUGGAAUUUGGGGGUUAUGGCCUGUUCACUCUUUCCAUUAUUUUCUUAUUUUGUCUUUCCUACGCUCAUUACGACUUCUACGUCUUUACGGCCUUUACGACUAUACCACUGAAAUCAUGCUUACGGGGUUUUUCACGAUGAUACGAGUAGCAUAGCACAGCCUGACGAUCUUUAAAUGACAAUCUCCUUCUGUUCCUUAC